UCAACAUGAGGAUUGAGAAAUGUUACUUCUGUUCCGGGCCGAUCUACCCGGGCCACGGCAUGAUGUUCAUCCGCAAUGACUGCAAGAUGUUCCGAUUCUGCAAAUCCAAGUGUCAUAAAAACUUCAAGAAGAAGUGGAACCCACGCAAGGUCAGGUGGACUAAAGCCUUCUGGAAAGCAGCUGGCAAGGAGCUCACCGUGGACAACUCAUUUGAAUUUGAAGAACGUAGAAAUGAACCUGUGAAAUACCAGCGAGAGCUCUGGAGUAAAAUCAUUGAUGCAAUGAAGAGGGCUGAAGAGAUCAAGCAGAAAAGCCAGGCUAAGUUUAUAAUGAACAGGUGGAAGAAAAACAAAGAGCUACAGAAGGUUCAGGACACCAAAGAAGCCAAGCAGAGCAUCGAUCUUAUCUGGGCUCCUCUUGCAGGCAAAGGAAAGCAGCUGGAAGAAAAAAUGGUCCAGCAGUUGCAGGAGGAUGUGGACAUGGAGGAUGCUUCCUAAUGGUGCCUCCUGCAACCCGCCCUGGGCACAGUGGAAACCAGUGGAGACUGUCAGUCCCUAAGUUACUGAUUGGUUACAUAAGGUCCCUCAGACAAAGGUGUUUCACGAGCUUCCCUCUUAUACUGCAGCCUGUAGAAGCAUCCAUUGUGGGUGUUAGAUCUCAGCUCAAUGUUCUGCCUCACUGUGCUAUGCUCACAUAAACACAAAGGUUUGUGUGUAGAUGAAGGCAAGAACUCUGGGCAUCACAUGGUUCGAGUUGUUGCUUAAUGGCACCAGGCAAAAUUUCUGUGCUGACUGUCUUGCUAGUGUGAAAUCUGUCGUGAUGUAAUAUUUUCCUUGCACUAGGACAGUCUGUUUAUUAGGGUCAUUGAAGCAGAGGUUGCAACAAGGAACUAACCAUUCUCAGGACAACCUCAGUCUCUUGCUUUGCUUUAGUCUGGUUAGUAGCUUCUUAGAGUUGCAUGCUGGCCGCAUACAAUGCUACAAGGCAGCUGAAUUAGGCUGGGCUGUCUGCCCUGCUUCAGCCAUUCCAAUAGGCGGCCUGUGAGGGUGGGGGUGGGACGUGGUUG